GCCGUCUAUUUUUUUUUUUAAACAUUCACACACAAUGAGAGUCUGUAAUGUCUCCGUAAUCUCCGUGCAAUGAGGUAGUAGUGUUCGGCCAAACAGCUGACAACAGACAGAAAGGGAAAGGCGAGAACCGAUUUUUUUAGUCUGUCUUUCUAUAUUUCGCCGUUUUGCAUUUCGGUAAUCUGUAGCGCUCUCUGGAUUUCUGCUGAAAGGACCUGGUACUCUUAUCACAGAAGUAUAAAACAGGAGAAACCAAAAGGAAACAUACCAACAAGACUGAUUACUGCUGGGUUCUGGAAGUGCGCUAUGUGAGCUACUAUAAGUACAAUGUGAAGGAGUAUUUCUGCGGAAGAGUAUGAAGUUUGGUUUGAGGAAUUCGGGAGAGAAGAUCUAGGCACAACGCAGGAGUGUGAAUUACACUGAAUGGAAAACUUUGCGGAUUAUUCUUCAAAAUGAAAUCCUAAAUGCGUGUUUUGGUUACGUCAGAAGUGUUUAUCAAUUUGAUAGCAAUUCAUAAGCCACUUUAAUAGCGUGACGUAUAUGGUGUGUUAAUGUAUGUGGCUUACAGUUAUAGUUUAUAAACCAAUGAACUAGCAUAAAUUUAAUGUUAGAGGGGGAAAAAAAAGAUAUGUUACAAUUGUUUUAAAUACAAUUAAAUAUUAAUUUUUAUAUAAUUUCGUGAUUAUAUCUGCAGUUGAGUAACCAUAAUUGAUGAGAAUGUAAUUUGCACACUAGUCUAUUUAAUGACAUCGGAUUUGAGCUAUCAUGGUUCCCUAGACAAAGUUAAGCAUUUUAAGAUUUAGUCUUCCAAAUUGUAACAUUGUUUUAAACUCAAUAUCGUAGUACACGGAUGUUACAUACACGUACGCCAGCGUGCAGAGCUAAAUCUCUUUUGGCACCCAAAAUCCACUUGCAGAUUCUACGGGUGGUAUUAUAUGUAAUAUUCAUUUACACGUGUCAGUGAUUUAAAGUGUUUUAUUUUGCAAUACAUUUUAAUUCAUAAUCAAAAAUUGCGCAAGGCGGUAAAACGGCGAGGAGGAUGGGGGACGCGGCUCCCCCACAGCCUUCAGCGGGUGGGUUUGUGCCCCUGCUCGGAGCUGGUAUGGGAGGGCCGCUGCCAGGUGCAGUCAGCGGUCCGGUCUCCGGAACCAGAGGUUCGGCAGUGCCUCAGCUGCACAGUGCCAUUGUCGAGAGGCUGCGGGCUCGGAUAGAGCUGUGUCGGCGGCACCACUCGAGCUGCGAAAACCGGUACCAGCGGGGCCAAGCAGAGAACACGGACCGGGAGCGGGAAAACACACUGCAACUCCUUAAUAUCGUGCACCAGGGACCGGGGAACAGGAAAACUAAACACAACAAGACAGCACCACAACAAGCACCAGAAUACAACAGGGUGAACGGGGAGCAGAAAUCACAAAACUCAGCAGGAGGGGAGCCGAAGAAUCCAGCGCGCAUUGCUCUCGAGGGUUCAUUGAGGAGAAAGCUAGAAAGAAAUCCAACACCAGGAUACAAUCCAAAAGCAAAUGGAAUUUCCAGUGCUGCUUUCGGCACAGAUUUUAAGAGGGCGCGGUUGGAUGGAAAUCCUAUCAUGGGACACAGUGGAUGCACGUUCACCAAUGGACAGUCACAGCCCAUUCAGGGUGCUGCAUCGAUGGGCCACAGCCUCCACAGAAAAGACAAUAAUAUGUCGUCCCACCCCAUUGGGAGUGAUCUGUUCAGCUUAACGCUCAAGGAGAUGAAAAAGGAACCUGGGGAAGUGCAUUCAUGUGGCCAAGCAUCCACUGACAACAGCAUGAUGGUCUUUGAUUUCAAAGACGAGCCUGGCAGUCAGAUUGAUCCCGAUCUGCAGGACCUGCUUGAUGAGCUCUCCAAGUCUGUCCCGCUGUGCGAUCUGGAGUUUGAGAAGAUGCUAAACUGUACCAUAAAGCAGGAUGACCCCUUCAACUUGGAUCUUGGGCGACCGAGCCAAAGUUGCAUGGCAAAGCCAUCCUCCCAGCUGGAAAAGAUGGUCAUCAAGACAGAAUACUCGCCUGGUUACAGUCAAGGCACUGGUGGCUCGCCCCAACUUCGGCCUGCAUCAGCUGGGCCGGCAUUCUCAAUUUCAACCAGUACCUUAUCAUCUUCUCCGGUGACUUCUGCACCUCAAAAUCAGAGCCAAGGGUCACAAGGGGCUUCAAUCGCAGGAAGAUCCAUAGCCAACUGGCCAGAAGUCUCCCACGCUGAGCAGUUGAAACAGAUGGCCGCCAACCAACAGCCAACAGCAAUGCUGCAUCACCACCACCACCAGCAGCAGCAGAACCAGGCAGCAGCAGCAGCCAAAUGGUCAUCCACUCUACCUGCACAUUCAGGAACCUUUGGGCAAGAGAAGAAUACAGGCCCUGCUUCCCACUGCCCACAGAGGAUCAGCCCCCAAAAUGCCAUCCUGACACCCAUGAGCAGCAGCCAAGCCAAAGGAAUGAACGACUGCCUCUUCAAGCCAGGCACCAGCAGCAACUCCAACCACAUAGAUAUCAAAGUCCUCAAUACCAAGCCCUUGUCUCAUUUCAGCCACAAGCCCAGUAGCCAACAGAUGCCCCCAAUGUUGGGCUCACAGAACAAGUCAACUGUUUUGCACUACACACAGCAACAGCAGCAGCAGCAGCAACAACAGCAGCAACAACAAACUCCCAUUCAGGCCCAACCGCACCACCCUCCCCAUUUCCAAAACCAGACUCUGCCUCGGCUCCCGAGCGUCACCAUGGCCCUGCAGACUAAAGGGUUGCAACAGAAGAUGCAGUUGAACCAGCAGAUGUCGGGGCAACAUUACAAAAUGGUCCAGCCCAGACAGAAUCAGCCGCCCAUGGUUCCCAGCCCCCGUCCUCCUGCAGGAAACAGCUUCCUGAGCAACUCUGCCCAGACCCAGCAGAAGUUGAUGGGAAAGACCCAGGCCUUGCAGAUGCAGCUGGCUUUACAGCAGCAGAUCAUGGCUGACCCGGACAAAAUGAGUGCGCAGGAUCAAUUAAACCGGCAUUUGACCAGGCCUCCUCCAGACUACAAACAGCCACAGAGAAACAUGGUCGGGGCACAGCAGCCGAACCAGUAUGCAGGGGGAGGACUCGCUAUGGGCAUGAACUCUAACCAGCCCUUGCCAAACACUGUUUUGAAUCAGGGAGGUCUGCAAACCAACCCCUGCCACCUUCCCCCUGGGCAGGGCACCAAAAUGCCACCCGUCCCCAACGACAGGAUGUAUGGGAGUGGUCCUGACCCCCAGCAGGGAGACUACACUGUCCCUGCCACCGUCACCCAGCUCCAGCAGCAUGGAAACCAAAACCAGAUAGGAAUGGACCAAAAUAACUCCAGGUUCCCAGGGCCCACCAACCUUGGCAACAGCAUGACCUCCUUUAGGUCUGGACCAGUGUCCAACACCCAGCAUAUGAGACCGACAUUGAAACAAGAAGCACCAGGUAUGACAGGACAGAGACUGCCAAAUAUGAUGACCAAUUCCAGCAUGGUGGGGUCAAACUGGCCUCCUCAGGGGUCCAAACAAACUGCUGCUCCUCCAAUGGGAGGGAGGAGGUUCCCAAACACACUACAGCCCCAUCAGCCAGUGCAGCCUGACAUGACCAAUCAUCACUUUCCACAGAGGGCCAUGGCCCCGCCAAACCAGAUAGCAUCAGACAUCUCUAUGCACCCUCUCAACUCAAUGGAUCAGACCAUUAGCGGGCAGGCAGUGGCUGCAGCCAGAGGGCUCGCCCCAAGGCCUAGCCAGCCCAGAAUGCCAGCUCUGCCCACCAUGGCCAGUAUGAAUCAACUCACCCCGAUAGCGCCAGUAAACUCGGGCACCUUCACAGCGGCCAGCCAGAACUCUCGAGGCUACCAAGGGAACAGUCACAGCAGUGAUUUAACAUUCGAUUUCCUUCAGCAAGGAGACAACACUGUGCCAGGAAUCAACAGCGAUUCUGACUUCAUAGACUCCCUGUUGAAGUCGGGCUCAGGGAACGAUGACUGGAUGAAAGACAUUAACCUGGAUGAAAUUUUGGGGAGUCAUUCUUAAAGGACAGGUCACUGUAAACAAGUGUACGUGCUGAACGUAAUGUAGCAAGUGAACUGUAGAAUUCACAGCAGGUUCUUAUUGCCAAUUGAUAAUGUGUGUGGUAUAAAUGUAUAUACUUUUUUGUAUUUUUUUUUUAUAUUGUAUUUAACUCUUUUAACAAACGUAUGUACCGUCAUUGGUUUUUAGAUUUAAAAAAAGAGGGGGGGAGGGGGGGGAUUUUUAUGGACAUUGGCUACAAUACUGGGAAACAGUGGUAGUAUAUUAUAUAUCCUGUAAAUGAAAAAGGCUGAUUUUGAAACGCACCAAAAAUUAAUUUGCUCCCCCUUUCACAACCCUACUGGAUUAGAGAGACAGGACAUUGACAGUGUGCAGGUUACUAAUGUGUUUCUGUUUCUGUAUUCAUCAGUAACUGACAUACUGCUCAAUGCAUAGGACUGCAUAGCACUUACUGAAAUCAUUUAUGAAUGAGUCCGGAUUUAGUUUGUUUCCUUUAGCACACGCUCCUACUGUAAUUAGUUGCUUGUGCUGGCUUCAGUACAGUGACAAUCCCGCCUAGUUUUCAUCUUGAGCAUCCUGCAGUUAAGCAGAACACUAAUGCAGAUGACAUGAAGCCGUGUCUAUGAUAUGAACAUGGCCUUAAACAAGUUCUUCUUCCUCUCAGAUAUCCUGUUCUUUAUUAGCCUGUGUCUAGAAAAUCAUUUUCACUUGGACCAAACUUUUUUUUUUGGUUUUACUUUCCUUAAAAGAAAUAAUUUUGCCUCUGGUUUAAUGUAUUUAUAAAAAACAAACAAACAAACAAAAAAAACGACUACUUCCUGGACUAUUAUGAAUGCACUAGCAGAUGCCUCAGCACUCGAUUAAUGUAUUCAAAUGUACAGAUUGUACCGUGUGUGCUUUGUAAAGAUUUGUAAAGUAUGUUUUGAUAAAUGAAUCAUAUUCUUCAGAAGAUUAUAUUUAUACUUCUGUGACUCAGAUUAAGUAAAUGUUAUAUUUUGUACUUAACACUUGUUACUUUUUUUUUUUUUUUUUUUUUUUAAAGAGGAUUUGUCUUGUUUUGUAAAAUGUGGCAAAAUAAUUGGUGCCCCAAUAUAAAGCAAAACGUUGGUUUAAAAAAAAAAAAAAAAAAAAAGCUAAAAGAUGACAUCUGGCCCUUAAUACUACUAAACAUAUUUUGUCUCCUACCCUCUCACUCUUUUACUCAUCAUUGUGCUGUUGAACAUUUUCCAAUACAUUAUCUCCACUUUGAAGCAUGCUUUAGACCACCCUGUCAGCCCACACCAGUUACAGUCCCUGAAUGUUUUCUUUGCCCAAUUAUGAACAUACUCAUUUAUGUAUUUCAAGAUGAUUCACAUCUUGUUUCCAAGCAUUGUUUUCGGAGAAUUAGCUGGGGGAGGUCAUUUAACCAGACCAGAAUUGAAUGAACCUGUAGUGGUAGGGUUAACAUCCCUGCUGUCCUUUGAAAGAGGGCAAUUGGCCCUUUAAUGUCCACAAGCAGCUUUAAUGUCCACUUUCUGCAGCUCCUGAUUUUCCAUGGAGGUCCCCCAUCCACGUACUGAGCAGGUUUGACUGCACACAUGACGUGGACUAUCCUUCUUUAAUAAAACUGGGACAGAUGAAUGGCACAGAGUUAAAUAUCGCCUCAGCAUCCCGGCACCCCUGCAGAACAACUUGGGAGGAGUUUGAAAAGUUUAAAAAAAAAAAAUUAAGUCAUGAUUUUUGCAUCCGCCAACUGAUUUUAAGAACUACAUACUUCACCUUAAAGUCCACUCGGUUACACUUUGAAGUGGCCCUUUUGCAUGUUGGAAAACUGACUUCGGUUUGGCCCCUCUUCUACAUUUGCUUCUGCUUCUACAAUUGCUCCCCAGAAUCUUUGAAUUCUCCCUUAUUUAAUGAGGCCUGCUGAAUGUUCUGUUUGAUAACCUGAACCUUCGACUCUUUUCCUCAGAUGACCCCUGAAAGAGGCUGUGCAGCGGUUUCAGUCACCCAAAGGGUUUCCUUCAGGCAGUCGUUAAGCUUCAGCAGCAGUGCAGUGCACCUAAGAAGUUUGUGUUCAAAGGGAGUAAAAGCAGUUGUGUCUAAUCUACUCCAUCUCUGCUCUGUGGUGAACAUGGGUGUUUUAAGCACCCUAUGACCAUAUAGGUACUAGAAAUACAGGGCUUAUGGAAUGACUUUAGUGUGGUAUUUUGUACGGGUACAUCUGCUGUUUCAGUUUCCUUUCCUUUGGUCUUUAGUCUUUAGUCCUUUGGGCUGUAGUCUUUCUGUGUAAUGGAAAAGGAAGGUGUCCCAUUACAUACAGGGAAAUCUUUAUCAUGAAGUGGUUUAGCCAGCAUGUCCUGCUGAACAGGAAAUAUCAAUGGACAGUGGAUGAAAAUAAAAUCAGAUCAGCAAGGGGGCAUGGGGUUAGCUACAUAGUGUUUACACAGCUCAGUCACAGUGAGUUUUUUAAGUGACCUAUUUUUCUUUCUGCACCAAAUUGAGGCCCAUUUACACUUCCUGAAAUAUAUUUGUAGAAAUGUGUCUUUUAAAACAUGCCUUGUUACAUUAAAUAAAGCUAUACUGACAAACAU